UGCGCGUGUCGAAGGUCACGGCGCGCUCACAAUGGAGCUCUCGGAGUCUGUGCAGAAAGGCUUCCAGAUGCUGGCGGAUCCUGGCUGCUUCGACUCCCGCGCCUUCGCGCUUCUCCUCCGGGCGGCUUUCCAGAGUCUGCUGGACGCCCAGGCGGACGGGGCCGUGUUAGAUCACCCAGAUUUGAAACAUAUUGACCCAGUGGUUUUAAAGUAUUGUCAUGCGGCGGCUGCAACUUACAUAUUGGAGGCAGGAAAGCACCGGGCUGACAAUUCCACGCUGAGCACUUACCUGGAAGACUGUAAAUUUGACAGAGAGAGAAUAGAACUGUUUUGCACGGAGUAUCAGAAUAAUAAGAAUUCCUUGGAAAUCCUACUGGGGAGUAUAGGCAGAUCUCUUCCUCAUAUAACUGAUGUUUCUUGGCGCUUGGAAUAUCAGAUAAAGACCAAUCAACUUCAUAAGAUGUACAGACCAGCAUAUUUGGUGACCUUAAAUAUAGAGAACCCUGACUCCGGGUCCUACCCAGAUAUUAGUUUUAGUUGCAACAUGGAACAAUUGCAGGACUUGGUGGGGAGACUCAAAGAUGCUUCGAAAAGCCUGGAAAGAGCAACUCAGUUAUGAGUUGGGAUAGCUAAGCCUUGGCUGAAGCUGGAAGAAAACCAGAACUGCCCUGCCUUCUGCCGAGCCGUCGUGUGUGCGACCUGGAAGUUCUCAUUUUUUUUUCUUCUGUGUGUGUGUGUGUUGGGGGGGGGGGGGGAUCUUCCAUUCCUGCCACUGUUUGAACACUUGGGUAUUUUUUUUUAAAUGUCCGUGAAAAGGUUAUAGGGAAAUUCUGCCGGAGUAUUGGAAUCCCCUUUCGUAUUAACUGUUUCUCCUCUUUUGAUCUUUGUCAAGUCCCACAAAAUAAAAGUGUUGCACCCUGAGUGAGUACGGUGGCGGUGUU